AUGGAACAAACGACUACUAGUGCAAUUUCAAAUAACAAUAGUGACAGACCGUUUCCAACUCUUCCAAAUGAAAUAACUUUAUUGAUCUUGUCGUAUUUAAAUCAACAAACGAGAAUCAAGAUCCUUAGAGUAUCAAAAGCCUUUCGUAACAUGGUUUAUACUUCAACUUUAUGGCGUGAAACUAUUGUUUAUAAUACAAGAGGUUUUGGAAGUGAAGCUUUGGAAAUAUUGAAAAAAGUUCAGUCAUUAGACGCUAGAGCAAGUGGAUUGGAUGACGAAUUUGUUAGAAAGUUGGUCAUGGGACUUCCUGGCCAAUCACUAAAAGUAUUAGAUUUAUCAGUUAACGACAUAACUGAUAAAACAGUAUUUUAUAUAGGCAUUAAUUGUCCAAACCUUCAAAAAUUGUUUUUAGAAGGUUGUGAAGAAAUAACCGAUAUCAAACCUUUAAUUCACCUUUCUACUCAUUUAAACACUUUAAUCCUUUCAUAUUGUAGUGAAUUAUUAGAUUUUACAAUUGCUGAUCUAGUUUCUCCUGUUCUUGGUGAAAGUCUGUCAAAACUGGAUUUAGAUGGAUGUCAUAGGCUAACGGAUAUUAGUAUAUAUAGAAUAUCUUGUUAUUUAAAAAAUUUGGAAUAUCUAGCGAUCGACGGUCAAGGAAUUAAUGAUGAUCCUAUAAUUAAUGUGUUUAGAAAUUGCAGAAAGUUGAAUUUAUUUUCAAUGUCUUUUUGUGAUUCCUUAACUGACAAGUGUUUAUAUGAUAUUGUAUUAAAUAUAAGCUCUUGCUUAAAAUUUUUGAGGUUAAGGAAAGGUUUAGGUUUUACCGAUGAAGGGUAUGGAUUAUCUCUUAAAAAUCAUUCAUUUUACUCAUUAGAUAUUUCUGAAUGUUCUUAUUUGAGUGAUAUAGCUCUUCAACAAAUGCGUCAAGAUAAUAUUCGUUGGUUGAACUUGGAUUGGUGUUGGAAUGUAAAGGAAAAUAGCAUUCACACAAUACUUACUUCAUGCCCAAAUAUUCAGGAAUUGAUGGUAACUGGAUGUAACGAUAUAACUUGUGAAUCGAUCAUUCGUAAAAAACUUCAGAAUUUGAAGGUUUUAAAUCUUUGGAGUUGUAGAUCUGUUGAACCAGCCACUCUUCAAUCGAUCAGUGAACUUAAUAGGGACGCUUAUAUAAUUGAUUAUUAUGGUGAGGUUUAUAAAGAUGGAAAGAAAAUUGGUUUUAAGGAUGAUGUAUAUGUUGUUAGUGAAGAUGUUGAAUGGAUGGUCGGGGGUAGGGAACGAAGGUGUGGUGGUUUAUUGAGUGUCGGUCAUCAUUUAAGAUUUUUUAAAGGUUAUUCUGUUUAA